UGGGAUUCUUCCAUUCAAAAAGAAAAUAGUUAAUGUGACGCUCAUCUUGCAGAAUUCUGGAAGCAACGGGACAGCGCCCAAAAAAAACUAGAGGUUUUUUAUUUAAAAAUAAUAAUAAUAAUAUUUGUUUUGUGAGUGGGAAAUCAUAAAACACCAACUAAUAUGGCAGAAUUGAAGUAUUUGACUGGAUUUGGUAAUGAGUUUGCCACAGAAGACCCUCGCUGCCCAGGAGCUUUACCUGAAGGACAGAACAAUCCCCAGGUUUGCCCCUACGGUCUGUAUGCAGAGCAAUUAUCUGGGUCAGCAUUCACCUGCCCACGGCCAGCCAAUAAGAGAAGCUGGCUGUAUCGGAUCCUGCCCUCAGUGCGUCACAAGCCCUUUGCUCCAGUGGAGCAGGGAGCCCUGACACACAACUGGGACGAAGCUGAGCCGGAACCCAACCAGCUCCGAUGGUUGCCUUUCACUGUUCCUAAAGCAAAUGAAAAGAAGAUAGACUUUGUGACGGGUUUGCACACACUGUGCGGCGCAGGGGAUGCAAGGUCUCGCAAUGGCCUCGCUAUUCAUGUUUACACCUGCAACACUUCUAUGAUUGACAGGUGCUUCAACAACUCCGAUGGUGAUUUUCUAAUUGUGCCUCAGCUUGGAGUACUGCUAAUCACAACAGAAUUUGGAAAGAUGAUGGUGGAGCCUAAUGAGACCUGUGUUGUUCAGCAAGGGAUGCGUUUCAGUGUGGAGGUCUUUGGGGAGACCCGAGGCUACAUCCUGGAGGUAUUUGGUGCCCAUUUUGAACUCCCAGACCUUGGACCUAUUGGUGCCAAUGGCUUGGCUAAUCCCCGUGAUUUUCUGGUGCCCACUGCUUGGUAUGAAGAUCGGAAGGUACCGAGCGGAUACACUGUCAUAAACAAGUACCAGGGCAAGAUGUUUGCAGCUCAACAGGACUUUUCCCCCUUUAACGUCGUGGCCUGGCAUGGAAACUACACCCCCUACAAGUACAACCUUACAAACUUCAUGGUCAUCAACUGUGUGGAAUUUGACCAUGCUGAUCCCUCUAUUUUCACAGUCCUGACGGCUAAAUCAACUCGCCCAGGCGUGGCCAUAGCCGACUUCGUGAUCUUCCCACCUCGCUGGGGCGUGGCCAAUAACACAUUCAGGCCACCCUACUAUCACAGGAACUGCAUGAGCGAGUUCAUGGGCUUGAUCAAGGGCCACUACGAGGCUAAAGCGGAGGGAUUCCAGCCAGGAGGGGGCAGUCUUCACAGCAUCAUGACCCCGCACGGCCCCGACGCAGACUGCUUUGAGAAGGCAAGCCAGGCAGACCUGAAGCCAGAGAGGGUGGCCGACGGGACCAUGGCUUUUAUGUUCGAGUCCUCCUUCAGCAUGGCUGUCACUAAAUGGGGCCUGGACACCUGUAAACGGCUGGAUAAGAAUUAUUAUAAAUGCUGGGAGCCCAUCAAAAGCCACUUCAAUCCCAACUGGAAACCAAGCAGCAAGUAAAACACAGCAGGAGAAACCAGAAGACCAUGGAUGAAGAAACUUUACUGACAAUUCAAUGUUAUGAAAUUUGCUACAAAGAUGGCCUUUUCUGAAUAAAUUGAAGGAAGUUUCUCUCUUUUUUUUCCCCAAAAAAUUUAACUUUGCACAAUUAAAAAAAAAGAAUGUAACAAAUUCAAUUCACACAUUAUGCAAAAUUGCUCAACAGUGCAAAGUGGAACAUUAAUUAUGGAAUAAUACUAAAAGAACAUUUGAGAAACGUUUCAACUAGAAGUUUCUCAAUGUCUUCAGUAUACAUUAACACUAAGAAUUAACAGGUUAUUUUAGUUCUACUAGAACAUUCAUUAAUGUUGAAAUGAAUAGUAAACCAGAUUUAUACUUUUAAAAAUGAUACUCACGCAUCUCUACAGUUUAAUAGGGCAGCAGUGUGGAGUAGCGGUCAGGGCUCUGGACUCUUGACCGGAGGGUCGUGGGUUCAAUCCCAGGUGGGGACACUGCUGCUGUACCCUUGAGCAAGGUACUUUACCUAGAUUGCACCAGUAAAAACCCAACUGUAUAAAUGGGUAAUUGUAUGUAAAAAUAAUGUGAUAUCUUGUAAGUCGCCCUGGAUAAGGGCGUCUGCUAAGAAAGAAAUUAUUAUUAAUAUACUCCCUACAUGUGAAAUUGCAAUAAGGGAAUGGUACAGGUCACUAUGUUAUUGCUCAGAUUAAGUAAUUACACUAUUUUGUAUCAAGUCACAGCCACUUCAGGAUGCAAGUGUGAUGUGUAAUUUUUUUUUUUUUUUUUUUUUUUUUUUUUAAAUAGUGACGAAUCACGUAUUUAAUUUGUAUAUUAAAAGAACAAAACAUUCCUGUUAAACUCCUUAGUAAAAUGUAUUAAUACAAAUAUGAAUAAAUAAAUAAACAAACAAUCUA